AUGACAACUUCGGCAGGCAUCCUCGCUUUCCACACUCGCGAGGCCGUAAAAGUGAAAGCCAGGGUUUCCGCGGCGACCCUCCACCGCCGCUCACAGUUGGCGCCUUCAGAUCCCCCACCCGCCGAAUGGAGACGAUUCUCUGUCGAUCCGCAGAUUACUACCUUUGAAGUACUCCAGAACCUUCUAGCGAAAGCUUUCGACAUCAAAGGGGAUUUCACGAUACAUUAUUUGGCCAAAGAUGACGAAGGCAAAGAAACAUAUCUCGGUUUGCUAUCCGACUGGGACCUGGACGCCGCCUUCCUCAGUUCCUCGAUGCCGUGCCUGAACCUCCUCAUCGAUCUCAAACCAUUCGACGAAGGUCUGGAAGGCUGGGACGUGAUAACACCAGCCGAUCUUGUGAAACCUCCUCUUGUCAGCCACGUACGGAACAACGCGCAGCAGACAGGCAAUUUUCUCAUGCAACAGAUGGAGAGAACCUUGAAAUCAUUUAGCAAAGUUCUCCGGGGACCAGAGCUCUCCGGCUACUUGAAUGGUGUGACAGAAAGAUACAGAGCGUCGAAACCGCCGAUGAGCAGAAGAGAAUGGCAGAACUUUCUCGAUUGUGAGGGUCGUCUGAUUCAGCCUCAAGAACUUCGACGGUCGGUUUUCCGCGGUGGAAUUGAACCUUCUCUACGGAAUAUUGUGUGGAAACACGUGUUGAACGUUUACCCCGAUGACUACACUAAAGACCAGCGAAUUCAGUACUUGAAACGACAAAGCAACGAGUACUACAAACUGAAGGCUACUUGGACAGAUAUGCAAAAGCAGGGUAUCGUUACGGAAGAAAUGCAGUAUAUCAUGAACAUGGUCUCCAAAGAUGUUCUGAGAACCGACCGCACACACCGAUUCUACGCGGGGAGUGACGAUAAUAAGAACGUCGCCAAGCUGUACUAUAUCCUCACGACAUUCGCAUUGAAUCAUCCGUCGGUGUCGUAUUGUCAAGGUAUGUCGGAUCUUGCAUCGCCAAUGCUCGUCACGAUGAACGAUGAGGCGCAAGCAUACAUCUGCUUCGUUGCGCUAAUGCAGCGAUUGAAGCCCAACUUCAACAUCAACGGUCUGGCCAUUACCGAGAAAUUCGCUCACCUGUCCCUGCUGUUACAACAUUACGAUCCGGAAUUCUUCGAAUAUCUGAAAAUGAACGGAGCCGAUGACCUGCUCUACUGCUAUCGGUGGUUGCUGCUCGAGCUGAAGCGGGAGUUCUCCUUCGACGACGCUCUCUGCAUGCUCGAGGUGCUCUGGAGUUCGCUUCCACCAUCGCCGCCGGAGAAGGAGCUUCCUCUGUACGAAAUACGUUUCGGCAAAGAUUCAGCGCAUCCGCAGAGUCCACGUGUGCUAACCCGCGAGAAUCCCUACACUAAGGUCCGUCGGAUCCGCAAGCAGAGCUCGUCGUCGUCGCUGCUGUGCGGAACCCCGAAAGUGCACAACGGAGUGAUCGUGAACGAGCCCGACAACGAUGAGAGCAGGAGGAGCAGUCUGAAUGAAAUCACUGAUGACUCGCAAGACUACAACCCCAUCUCAGAUUCAAUCGCUCAUGAAUUGCGCAUGGAUCUCGAGAAUCUCAAUAAAACCGUUCUUGGCAAUACGAAAGACGCGACGCCGCAACAGUUCACCUUCGACAACAUCAUCGAGGAGGGCAACACCUUGCUCGAGAACGACGGACCGUGGAAACAACGGAAGACGUGCCAAGGUUUUUGCGGCACGCCUGACGAACAAUGUGAAUUGGAUUUCGACAGCGUCGAGGGUGAGACCACUCAGAAUCAUGGCAGUCGCCGUAACUUAAGUUGUCAAUCAUCACUGGAUCGUCGGCGGAGCGGUUCUUCAACGUCCGCGUCGACGUCUGCAUCUUCGCACAGUGAUCUCGUGCAAGAAAAAGCCGACGAUUCUGAUUACGAAGAUGACCAUCACGCGUACAGAUCCAAAGCGCCUCCGACACGAUCCGAAGGGUACUGCUCAGAGGCAACUCUGUCUUCGAAGGAAGUUUCCUGUCAGGAAGACUCUCGAUCCGUUUUGGAUUCAGGUGUUCUGGAUUUUUCUCGGAAGUCUCGAUCACUUCUGCCGCCCCCCGGUCAGUUGGGCGGGAGCAAUCCCUUCAUGAUGUUCUUGUGCCUGACGUUGCUCUUGCAACACCGCGAUGUAAUCAUCCGGAAGCGCAUGGAUUACAACGAGCUCGCAAUGCACUUCGAUAAGAUGGUGCGAAAACAUAACGUUCACAAAGUUCUGCACGAAACCCGAAUCCGAUUCGAAGAAUAUCUCCGACUCGGAUGGGAAGCUUCGUGGGAGGAACUUGUGUAA